AUGGAAAUGGAGGGAGGGAAGAUAAAACUCUCUCUCUCUCUCUCUCUCUCUCUCUCUCUCUCUCUCUCUCUCUCCGCCCCCUUUACUUUUUUUCAUUUUGUCUUCUCUCUCUUUCACCUUUUCCUUCUUCUUCUCUUUCUUUUUCUUUCAGCAAACGCUUAUUUCUCUCCUUUUCUCAUUCUCGUCCUCUCUCCUCUUCUCUUGUCACACUUUCGUAGUUCCGCUUUCAGCUGCCUUCUUCCACUCUAUUCCUUCUCUCUGAUUGGCUCUUUUUUCUCAUUCUUGCUCUUUUUCUUUUUUUCUUUCUCUAUUUUACACUUUCUUUUUCUAUGUGAGCACUUCAUUCCUCGACUUCUCUUUAUUUCACUCUUUCUUUCUGAACACGUUCCCCCACACACACUCCCCUCUCCUCUCUCUCGCAUUUAUCCAUUGUUAUCUUUCCUUUCCUCAAUUUCUCAUAAUCAUCUCUAUUUACUUCUCCUAAACUCUACCACCAAAUUAGUCAUAUCUCGUGAUGUUCAUCUCUCAUCGUACCUCUCUCUCUUUAUUCAUUCUACUCUUCUUCCAUCUCUCUUUCUCUCUCCCCCCUUCUCACUCUUUGUCUCUUCCUCUCUUUUCGAGGGCCAUGUCUCUGUACACAUCUCUCUUAAUUCAUCUUUGUACAUAACUCUCUCUCUCUCUCUCUCUCUUUUCAUAUCUCUCUUUAUAUGUCCAUCUGUUCAUGCCUUGGUUUGUAUCUCUCUCUCUGUUUUGGUCUCCUCUCUCUUUUUUCAUCUCUUCAUCUAUCUAUCUAUCUAUCUAUCUAUCUAUCUAUCUAUCUAUCUAUCUAUCUAUCUAUUCCAUGUCCCUUAUUCCAUCUUUUUUCUGUCUUUACAUUUUCUUUUUCUUCCUUCUUGUUUCUCUAAUUCCUUUUCUUUUUCUUCAGUAAUUAUCUUUUAUUUCUGUACGUUCUUCUUUUUUCUUUCUAUCCAUCCUCUUUUUCCUUGCUUUCUUUUCUUUCUCGAAGCGAUUUUUUUCUUUCUUUUCCUCUUCUUCUUCUCCCUACACUCUAUUUUCUAUUUAAACAGUUCUUUCUGUUCACCUGCAUCUUAUAAACAUUUGUAUUAUAUCCCCACUCCCAAUUAG